AUGAUUCAGAGCUUGGUCCAGCUUUUCUACGACGGUCCUAGCAGCGCGCUGGUGGAGGCCGCAGAACAAGCACUUAAUUCGUACUUGCCAUCAAGUCCCGAGGCGCUGGAAUUGUCACUACUCAUCGGAGAUUCUCUACGAUGCCAGAACAAUUUGGAGAGGGCUCUCUCGUACUACAAUCGUGCGGCUCUCCAGAGACAUGUAGGUGCUGAAAUGCGUGUUGAAGCACUCAAUCGCUAUAUCUUUUUGUCCCAAAAGGUGCUUGAUGCAUAUCGAAAAGACUUCGUGCUACUGGAGCAAAUGCCCCCAGUCGUUGACGGCUCCCAGUACAAAUUGUUUCCUCAGUUUGAUGGAAUUUCUCUAAAGGAUCGCUUUUUCCUUUUGGAAUCGUUCAAAGUAGAUGUUCUUGCUAACAACGUGUACUACACAGAGUCCAGUCUGGUGCCUUUCUUGUCGAAAAUGAAGGGUGUGCUUGCUCGAGACGGAAACAUAAAGCACUAUUUGGCCGAGGGAAAACGGAUUUGCGUUUUGGGAGAUGUUCAUGGAUCCCCCAUGGACGUUUCAGCGUUCUAUGAUUUGUGCAUGCUGAAGGAUGUCCAGCUGCAGUGCUUUCAAGAGGUGGGGGAUGAUAGAGGAAGUCAGUUUACGAUGGAUCUCUCGUCUGUGUACGUGUUUCUAGGAGACUAUGUGGAUAGAGGCAGCCGCGGCCUUGCGUGCGUGCUGUUUAUUUACGUUCUCAAGUACUUAUAUCCCCGGAACGUACUAUUGUUGCGAGGCAAUCACGAAUGUGACGCUAUGAAUAGAAUCUACGGCUUCACAAAAGAAAUAUACAAAUACUAUGGGUCUCACAGCCCUAUAUACCAAGCAAUUCAGGACACAUUUGCAGCGAUACCCUACUUUUUCCGGCUAAUUUAUUUACCGCAAUCACUUUGCAGAGCUCUUGAAAGGUUCUGCAACCGAGUCAUCCCAUCUGCAAGCUCUUCGACUAGAUGGACUAAUAGUGAGAUCAUGUGCUUGGCGUCAAUGGUGAGUAGCGUCACUAGUUGGGCUGGACAGGCUGGUGCUACAAACGAAGCCAAGUUGGAUGACUUAGCCGAUUCACAAGAGGCUCACAUGCUUAAGUGCCGCUUAGAGGAAGAGUCUCUAACCAUCUUCUGCUGUCACGGAGGGCCACCGUGUGUGUAUACGGAAUACGGUAGGCAGCUAGACCUCUACCUGGGAAUAGAUAGCUACGAGAACAUCCUGCAAAGGAGUCUGACAAUUGUUGAUCCCUUGGCUGGAGAGCUAACGUGGAACGAUCCUGCCCCUCAUAGGUUUAAAUCCCCAAGCACUCUUUACGAACCCUCGCAACGACGGCUAGGGUACAGAUAUUCGUACGACCUUUUUAGGACUUGGUGCAAGCAUACCGGGGUGGACCUUGUCCUCCGGGGACACGAGGUUGCUUUGGACGGCGUGCAUCAGGACUUCCAGUAUGCUUUUGAGCCCAAGCAACUUGGAGGGCCAAACCAGGAACUGGAAUAUUGGUUUUCCGUCUCCACGCUCCGAGAGACACCCCGACACUUCACAGUAUUUAGUUCGAGUUUUUAUGAGCACCUAACAAAUCACGGAGCUGCGGCUAUAAUACGCUUUGAGGUCCCAGUUGACGGCGUCGCCCCUGCUCUCGUCAUUCGUUGCUUUACUUUAAGCUAA